UAUUUGGGAGAAUGUUAGAAGGGUGAAUGUGGAGAAACGAAACGGGGAGAUUGGGGAUCUAAUUACUGGCGCCAUAAUUGGGGGCUGGGGAAUAGGUUACCGUCCUCUCAACCCGCUCUGCAGAUCAAUUAUGUUAAGAGAACAUCUGUAAGUAGAGCUUAAUGAGGUCUAUUAUAGCAACAUGCGCUGCCUGGCUGCAGCCUUCCCUGACGGUGCUGCCUGUCAGCUUCUUGGACGAGGAGCCGUGCUGCGAGGAGCGCGUUGCUAACUAGGGACCAGCGAGAGGCAGGAAGAGAGGCGGCAGGACCUGCUUAAAAAGGAUCCGUAGACACGCGGACCGGAUCAGGUGUCUUGCUUUUCCUAACUGCCAGGGAAGGAGCGAAAGGAAGAGAGGAAAGAAACUGCCAGGGAAGGAACGAAAGGAAGAGAGAGAGAAUAUAAGAAACAGACGUUGCGGGUAAAACAAAGAGAGAAGAACCCCCGGGAGACAGAGAGAGAGAGAGAGAGAGACCAGGGAGGACGACAGAGAGCGAGAGAGAGAGCAAGCGGAAGGGAGUUGAGUUUAGACAGGUGGUGCUUUUUCAUCCAAGCCGCUGUGAAAAGAGGGGCGGCUAUUGGCUACAAUUUUGCCAACAACAGCGCAGCAUCAAGGACAACUUUACCCCCGAAGGAUACAGUGUUGUUGUUUUUUUUGCGCUCCUUCUUACUAAGUGUAUAAAGGACAAUACAAUUAGUGGACACUUUUGUUUUCAAUGUAACACUCAAGAGAUAACAGGCAAAGAGUUAAAACGCCGACCAUCGAGCCGGUGAUAUUUUUUACGCAUGAGCGUUCCUCUGAAAGAAGGUAUACAAAUGCUCUCCGUCCAGCCGGACACCAAGCCAAAGGGCUGUGCCGGCUGCAACCGGAAGAUCAAGGACCGCUACCUCCUCAAGGCCCUGGACAAAUACUGGCACGAGGACUGUCUGAAGUGUGCCUGCUGUGACUGCAGGCUGGGAGAGGUGGGCUCCACGCUCUACACCAAAGCCAACCUCAUCCUCUGUCGGAGAGAUUACCUACGGCUGUUUGGAGUAACAGGGAACUGCGCAGCCUGCAGUAAGCUCAUCCCAGCCUUUGAGAUGGUGAUGAGAGCUAAAGAGAACGUCUAUCACCUGGACUGCUUCGCCUGCCAGCUCUGCAAUCAGAGGUUUUGUGUGGGGGACAAGUUCUUCCUGAAGAACAACAUGAUCCUGUGUCAGACGGACUACGAGGAGGGGCUGAUGAAGGAGGGAUACUCCCCACAGGUUCGCUGACCCCAGGUGGAGAGAGGGGCGAUGGGGGGAUGACGUGGUUGAGGAGAGCAGAGAGAGACGGAAGGAAGAGGAGGAGAGGCCAUCUUGCAAUCAGACACCAGAAAGCACUACUACUAUCCCUGUCUCUUCCUCCUCUCCAAUGUCAGAUCCCUAACGUGUAUAUAACCAACCAACAGCCAACUUUCAACCUGGAAGGGACCCUUUCUCUGCUGUACAGAAUAGCCAUAGAGACUAAGGGUUGUCAG